CGACGAGGUAAAAACACCGUCGCUCACCACCAACACAACGCCAACCAACCUGCCCCCUCACCCCCGCUGGCCGCUGCUUAACAAACCGCCGCCACAGGACAAGACAAACUUAUUACAGCUCCACCUCAGUGCUGCAGAGACUGAGGGCCAGCCAAACCGCUCACCGCACACGCGGAAUUCAAGCAGCAUGUACGCCGACGCCGGGUUCGCCUUCGCCUUCGCCGCCGCCUACUCCCCCACCCUCACUUCCUCGCAGCCCCAGCCGCCGCCGCCGCCGUUCGACUACGCCUUCUCCUCCGAGCCACCCCUCCUCUCCAUGCCCGCCAUGGACCACGACGCCUACCUGGGGAACUUGGUACAGCCAUCCAUGGUAUCAGAAUAUGACCUGGGAGGAGAAGGGGACCUGUUCAAAGCUCCAGAAGCCAUCAUCGAGGAACCGCUGCUCAGCCUCGAUCCUGUCGCAGCUGCCUUUUCAAUGAUGGCUGGCAAUGGAAGUGCUGUCAUGGAUCAAACUAUUAAGGACGCAGGCAUCGGCACCAUCCAAAAUGACCCCCUCCUGAGUGAGGUGCUGUACGAGUGCGAGAAGGAACUCAUGGAGAAGUCCACAAUCGAAGAGACAAUUUCUGAACUUAUGGAUGUUAAGAUUCCUAUGCUGCAAGUUGAAGAAAUCCCAAGCCAAGCUGAACAGGUUCUUAUACAGAACCAGCAGCUCCCGGCCAUGGAGAAAGAGAAGCAAUCCGUUCCUGAAUGCUCGCUCCAAAAAAGUGUUAGUUCUGGAUGCCUCAACUCAGCAGAUUGGAUGAAUGGACCUGCCAGGCCAAACUUUCUAGACUUCCAGGGGCUGGACUUUGAGGCAGCAUUUGGGCUGAGGAGAGCUUACAGCGAAGGAGACAUUCAGAACCUUGGAGCCAACACGCCUCGACCAGCAGCAAAUGUUUGUGUGACCAUCAGUGACCUCAAGACCGAAGAAAGGAAGCAAAAGCUUUCCAGGUAUAGGAAGAAGAAGAUCAAGCGGAACUUUGGCAGGAAGAUCAAGUACGCGUGCAGGAAGGCUCUGGCAGACAGCCAGCCAAGAGUGCGAGGGAGAUUUGCCAAGAUCGAAGAAUGCGACCUGCUGAAGCCAAGCAAGUAGAUCCAAGUAUGCUUGGUUUUGGCUUCUAGCUAGGCGCCGCUCCAUCGUCCUUACCUUGUGCGCUGGAGAGGCGCCGCGAUGCCCGUCGGAAUUCAUUCAAUUGACCUCUCCUGUUUCUCUCGGGCAGCAUGCUGUGUAAUAAUAAUCUCCUCCGGGCCCUUGGGUGCGAGUGAAGAGCUGAAAAUUUGGUAUGGUAGUCUAGCCCCCCUGUACUGUACAAAAGGCUUGAAGAUGGUAAUAAAACUCAGCUCCCCUCUUGCUUGCUUGGCA